UAUAUCUAUGCGUUAAAAGUUACGCCUAUUGAGAAAAUGUCCCGCACUGAACUCGUCGCCCAACCGCCGGACGCCACAGAAAAUCCCUAUUGGGACCAGCUGAAGAAAGCGGCCAAACCGCCCCCAAAGGAAACGGAGGUUCAGACAGAACAGUACUUUUACGCCAUUCCGGCUAAGCGGUCGUUAAAAAGGGAAGAUGAUGGAAGACGAAAGAGCUGGAAACUUCGGAAGUUCGCUGACGGUACACCGGGCGAUGAUACGGAUGACAAAUCUGCUCUUGCUAACAAUCCUCCAGUUCGAAGUAAGUUUUCUUUCGUCAUUUUCCGUCGAGGUAUGUACUACAGCUACGGUGCGUCUAUCGUGGGUUUCAUGAAUAUCGAAACUGUCAGCAUUAAUUAUGACAUAGAGACUAAUCUGUCAGAUAACACACAGGAUGGUUGCUGGUUUUGCUUAGGCAACCCACAAGUUGCCAAGCAUCUAGUAGUCACUAUCGCAACUCAAGCCUACCUGGCAAUGCCUCGGGGUCCCUUAGUGAAAGAUCACCUACUCAUCCUCACAGUGGGCCACUAUCAGAACUGGAUGGCCUGUCCUGUAUCUGUGCGUAAGGACAUUGACGCCUACAAGACAAGUCUACGUGCCAUGUACAAGGCGGAGGGAAAAGCGAUGGUUGCCUUUGAGCGAAACUUCAAGACGCACCACUACCAACUUCAGGUUGUUCCGGUGCCCUUUUCGGUUGCCGCAGAAGUUAAGAAAGCCUUCUUGUCCUUGUCUCAAACCCUUGAAGGUUCUCCCUGCCGUUUGGAAUCCCUGCCGAAGUCCGCCGCACUCGAAGAUGUAUGUUUUCUUCAUCUAUUAUUCUCUAGACCAGGUGUGCCUUAUUUCUAUGUGGAGCUGCCGACAGGGGAGAAGUUAUUUAAUACUGUUGAAAAGGACCACAUUUCCUCUUCAGACAUAAAUUUCGGGAGGGCUGUAUUAGCCUCACCAGAGAUUCUCAACUGUCCGUCGAAAGUGAACUGGCGGGACUGCCUUGAGGAGGAGGCUGUGGAAACAGAGUUGACAAACGAGUUGAGGAAAAAAUUUUCAAAUUUCGAACUUAGCUAA